UUCAGCUUUACUCUACCUUAGCUUCUUUUUUCUUUUUUUUUUGUGUCUGAUGCACCCACUUCAUUGAUCAUUAGGACACAUUAUUCGGUACAACUUUGCCCUAGUAUUUUUUAUUAUAGUGAUACAUGCAUAUCCCCAGAAUAUGCCCAGGUGGUGUGUUGAUGGCUUUUCCGAAGCUGCUUAUCUCGUCCUACAUGACUUAUUUUAGGAAAGAAGUUUCUAAUCCGGGAACCACACUUUAUAUGACUGUUUUGUAUAUAAAGGUCGCGGAAAGGGACCUGGAGGAUCAUUUCUCAAAGGAGGGAAAAGUUGGUUAUUUUAAGUUUAUGUAUUAGUAGGUUAUUUUCUCAUUCCUUCUCCAGUUCCCUCUCCUGCAGUUCUUCCUAGUUGUCCGCAAGGUUUUUGUCCUCCAAAAUCAUGUGUAUCAUGUUUUUCUUCUAGUUUAUCCAUAGUAGAGUCUGGUAAAUGUGUAAACUGCAGAGAGAUUUCUGGUGGCAUCUUGACCAGAAUAGCUUCCCAUUAUCCUGUAUUGAUUUCCUUAAUUUUUUCUGAAUUUUCUUUUGUUGGAGUCCCACAUCGGUGGGUUAAAGGGGCCUUGGUCUCCUUAUAUGGUCUUGGGCAAUCCUUCCCUCAUGAGCUAGCUUUUGAAGUUGAGUUAGGCCCAAGGUCUAUUUCUUUGUCAUGGUUUCGGAGAUAGGCCCACCCAGUUCAUUGUUUCCGAUGUUGGGUCCCCCGUCUUAUAUUGUCCAUGCUCCAGAUGUUCAGCCCAGCCCUGCGUGUGCGGGGCUGUUGGAGUUCCACAUUGGUGGGUUAAAGGGUCCUUGGUCUCCUUAUAUGGUCUUAGGUAAUCCUUCCCCUAUGAGCUAGCUUGUUUCCGAUGCUGGGCCCCCCGUCUUAUAUUGUCCACGCUCUAGAUGUCCAGUCGUGCGCGUGCGGGGGUGUUGGAGUCCCACAUCGGUUGGUCUCCUUAUAUGGUUUUGGGCUCCUCCCCUCAUGAGCUAGCUUUUGUGAUUGAGUUAGGCCCAAGGUCCAUUUCUUUAUCAUGAUAUCAUAGUUAGGCCCACACAGUUCAUUGUUUCCGAUGUUGGGCCCCCGUCUUAUAUUGUGCACACUCCAGAUGUCCAGCCCUGAGCAUGCGGGGUGAUAUUGGAGUCCCACAUCGGUUGGUCUCCUUAUAUGGUUUUGGGCAAUCCUCUCCUCAUGAGCUAGCUUUUGAGGUUGAGUUAGGCUCAAGGUCCAUUUCUUUAUCAUGGUAUCAGAGACAGGCCCACCCAGUUCAUUAUUUCCGAUGUUGGGUCCCCCGUAUUAUAUUGUCCACGCUCCAGAUGUCCAGCCCUGGGCGUGGGGGGUGUUGGAGUCCCACAUCAGUGGGUUAAGGGAUCCUUGAUCUCCUUAUAUGGUCUUGGACAAUCCUCCCCUCAUGAGCUAGCUUUUGAAGUUGAGUUAGGCCCAAGGUCCAUUUCCUUAUCAUCUUUAAAUUUUAUUGACUAGGUGAAAUCAGUUUUUCUUGAAAUGGAGCGCGUUCUCGAAUUUUUCAUGGUUUUGCUUUUAUAACAAUGGAUAGUCUGGAAGAUGCUAAUCGUUGCAUCAAACACCUUAAUCAGUUGGUUCUUGAAGGCUGUUACAUUACAGUGGAAAAGUCUCAACGGAAACGCGCAAGGACCAUAUGCCUGGUUUCUAUCUCGAGUUUAAUAAAGCAAGGGGCUAUCGUGGUGACCGUGGUAGGUAUAGAGUUCCUGAGGACUAUGGGUACCGAAGAUCUCCAAGGCAUUCACCACAGAGGUGGACGAGAUUAUUCUCCUAGGCACUCGCUUAAUGGGGGAAAGUCAAGAAGGAAAUGUUCAUGUUCUCCAUAUGAAAGGAGCUAUCCUCGUGGUUUCAGAUAGGACUUCAUCAAGGCAUGUUCUUUAAACAACUGCAAUGGAAAAACUGCUAACAAGGAUCUUUAUAGUAUGGUGUGUCUAGGCUAAGGAAGGAUUAUGGUCUAAAUGAAUGAAUGUUUGGUAUGUAUGUAUAUUUUGCUAAUCUCUGGAUGACUUCCUUCCUAAUUGUACCUUUGUUUGCAACAAGGUUUAAGUAGUGAACAAAAUGAAAUCACAACCCUUGGGAUA